AUGGCUCCUCAUCUCUCCCUCCUAGUCAUCUUCUCCAGACUCUCAGGUACUCAGGCAGGAGCGUACGGUGUGUCAACUGUGAGUAAGGUGUCUGUGAAGACAGGAAACUACAUCACCAUCCCAUGUCGCUAUGAUCAGAGAUACAUACAAUAUGUCAAAUACUGGUGUCAAGGAGAUUACUGGAAUUCUUGUUCUGCUCUUGUACGCACGGACCAACCAAAGAUAUCUGGGACAGUGUCCAUCUCUGAUGAUGUCACCCGAAGAAUCUUCUCUGUUAACAUGACUGAUCUGCAGCCAGAGGACUCUGGGUAUUACUGGUGUGCUGUGGAGACUGCAGGACAAGAUCAAAAUGCAUACUUGCACCUGUCAGUCACCACAGGUACACCAGAACUCUAUGUGGACCAACAGGAAGUUUCUGGAGUAGAAGGAGGGAGUGUCACUGUCCGUUGUUACUAUAGUAACACUGUGGUUAAGAAAUGGUUGUGGUGUAAGAUGGGUAUCUACUAUGUCCCCUUGGUGGGGAGAUAUUCAGGGAUUUUAGAUGGAACAUCAGUGAAAUCACAGCAGACCAUUGAUCACAACAACAGACACAUUUUAACAGUGACUCUGAAUGGAUUGAAUAUGGGAGAUACUGGCUGGUACUGGUGUUCCAGAGGAGACCUACAGAUGCCUGUUCACAUCACUGUCAAUCAACUGACCACAACACAGAAUACCACACCUGCCUCCACCACCACCCCUACCCCCUCUUCCACCUUCAUCAUCUCCACUGUUAAUCAACUGACCACAACACAGACUGACACCAUCAUUAACAAACAGACCACUCAAGACAUCUCUCUGACCUCGCCCACAACUGUAGAUCCUGCUGUCUCCUCUUCCACCUCUCAGGCCCCAGUCAACAACCCACACCAUGUAGCCCAGGGAUUGGAGAGAACACUCUUCUACCUUCCAAAAACUGUUACUGCAGUGCUCUUCAUCCUGUGCAACGUCAUUGCUGUGGUGAAGUUCAGGGCAACCCGACUCUGA